ACAUCUCAGCUUUAAGCGUCGCGUAGCUCCGAACAGACGUAUUUCAAUAACUUGUUCUGUGAUAUACAAUGUUUAAGGAUAAAUAAACACUUUCAAUAUAUAACCUAAAAGACAUCACUUAAAAAUGUUCAGUGCUUUUGUGUUUCUAUUUUCGUUUGCGUUUGUACAGUCAGUAGUUGAUCAUAGCAUUUUCAAAUGUUGUCCGACGGGAGAGAUUAUUUCAUCACCCCCAGAAUGUGUGUCGGCUGUAAAGAAUGAUUUCUCAAAUAUAACCGUAUACGAUUAUUAUAUGAAUGCUCUAAACAGAAACUUUAAUGACAUAUUUCACGUUAUACCUUAUAAAUUCAAUGAUACUGCAUUUGCAAACCAAGUUUAUGCAGCAGAUUUAAUUGAGAAAAAUGUGUAUUUGGAACAGAGUGGAGUUUUAUACAUUGACAUGGCAAAUGAAUAUAAUAGAUGGAUAGCUAUCACUGAUUUUUGUAUAGAUUAUAUGGUACCUGAAAAUGGCGAACUGCACUCGGAACCACAGUUUUGGGUUAAUUACAGCAAAAAUGAAGAACGUGAGAAACCCACAAACAUACUCAUUGCAGCGUUGUCGGUUUCAACGAUAUUCCUGUUUCUCACUCUGGUGGUGUAUCACUUGAUCUUCUACAAUAAAAUGACCCUCGUAAUCAAGAUUAGAGUUUGUUUGAUAUACAGCUAUAUAUCCUAUUUUAUAUCUAUGGCAAUCAUCAUAGAUGUGACCCCUUCAGGAACUGAAUGCGUAAUUUUAUCAUUUAUCGCCUAUUUUUCGGUAAUGGCUACGUGCUGUUGGUUAAAUGUCAUGUCUUACGAUACUUGGUAUACGUUUAGAGACCUGUUGUCAAGGAACUUAACGCCAUCGGAAAAGCGAAGGUGGGAUUCGCAUAAGUACAAGCGUUAUGUGGUGUAUGGUUGGGGCGUGCCACUAUUUAUGUCCAUCGGAAUGAUCGUUAUCAACUCGAUAGAUAUGUCUGGUCUACCUUGGUUUAUAACUCCGCAAAUACCACAGUGCGGGUGCUUUUUAAUUGGUGGCCAACAGUUUGUGUACCAAUACAUACCAAUGAUGGUGUUUAUAUUCUCAAAUUGUUUGUUCUUCAUAUUGACAGCUUUCAAUAUUUCCUGUAUGGUCGUCGACAGUAAAGCACUGAGAGCUAGCAAAGGCCGACAGCAGAAGGCGAGACUGUAUAUUUGCCUCCGGCUAUCCGUAACAAUGGGAGUCAGUUGGAUUUGGGAAAUCAUAAGUUUUCUCGUACCAGCCGCUGAUAGUGUAGCGAUAUAUCUCGACUUAUAUAACGGUUUCAUUGGAUUGCUGAUAUUCCUCAUAUUUAUUUGCAAUAAACACACGCUGUCACUCGUCAAGCAAAGAUACGAUGUCUUGCGUGGUCGUACAACGGAAAAUAUAAGCUCACAGAGCGACAGUAGAGGCCUUUCCAUGAAGGCGUUAGAUAGUAAUUCUAGCAGAAACAACUUUUCUGUAUACCCAAGAGGAAAUAACUGAUAGACAUUAAAUUGAAUGCGUGAACAUUGUAAAUAUUGUGUUAGAUUUUAUGAGAAAUGUAUUUUGUGAAAAUAUGAUGCAAUAUAUUAUUUGCAGUCUAA